AAAUUUCAAUUAAUGUGUAUCGCAUAUUAUUUUGGAAGUGAAGAAGUUCGGAGAGAUGAUGUAAAAUGGAAACAAAAUGGAGUAAAAGUAUUGAUAAAAGAAGAUUAUGAUGGGGUGAUGAAAGGUAAAGAAAUAACUUUGGAUGAUGUUGAAAAUGUAAACAAAGUUUCUUAUUCAAAGUUAGAUUAUAUAAAUGAAACGCAAAAUUAUUAUGAAUACAUAUUACGUGUUUAUAAAGAAGGUUUGAAACAUGAUUCUAUUGAACUUGUUAAACAAGAAUUAAAAUUAUUGAAAGAAGAGGUUGGUUUAAUUAAAAAUUUGUAUGAAAAAGAAGUGAAAUCACUAAGACAGGAAUUCGAUUCGUUCAAGAAAUCGAUCGAGGAGCAAAAAAAGAUUGAUACUUUG